ACCAAAAACUAAAAAUUUCAUAUAUAAACCCUGGGUCCAGUGGUCAGUUUUAUCAUUUCACAUUUCAACCAGUCACAUUACGUUUCUCGUUGCAAAUCAUUUUUACUUUUUUCGUCAAAAUCAUUUUCUUUAUACUCCGUCAUAAUGACUAUCUUCAAUUUCAAAUCCCGAAAAUCAUCAUCAUCAAGAAAUACCGAUUGUCCGAAAAAUCCAAAAAUAUUGCUACUUGGUGCAUUACCGAAUUCAUCGAAAUUAAAUUUUUUCUUCGCCUAUGAAAAUUGUCGUGCAAUUGGUCAACAUCGUUGUGGACAACAACCAGCAAUGGGUGUACAAUUAAACACUAUACCAUAUCGUCAUCAAAAUAAUCAUAUAUUUUUGGAUAUAUGGAAUUUUGUCAUUAAUUUUGAACGUUAUGAUCGUUUAGCAUCGAUUUAUUGGCAAAAUACUGAAGCAAUUGUUGGUGUUUGUUCAUUACAUUCGGUUGGUUCAUUUUUAAAAAUGAAAUAUUGGAUUGAAAAAUUCCUAUCCAAUAAUCCUGAUUAUCAAAAACCAAUCUACAUAUUGGCAUAUGCAAAAACAUCAAAAUUAUAUCAUCGUGAUAUUAGUGAACAAUUACUUAAUGAUUAUGUACAAAAAUCAUUACCAACUGGUACACGUUCGUUCAUCAUUCAUAGUGGAUCAACAACAAAAGAUUUAAAACCAUUUUUCAAUCUAUUUUUAAAUCGUAUUGUAAAAUCUAUUGAUAAUCAAGAACAACAACGUAAACAAUUUAAACGUUUACGUUUGAAACAAAAAUUGAAAACAAUUUUUUUUCUACGUCGUCAACGUUUACUUGUUUCGGAUGAAGAUUUUCAUUGUAUUGGAUGAAUUUGUAAUUUGUAUCUUGUAUUUUGUAAUUUUGUAAUUUGUAAUU